UUCUGAUGUUGUUUAUCUCCGCUGCGUGUCUGUGUGUGAUGCCUGCCACUUUCGGAGCGGUGGCUGUAUCGGUUGAGCUGUGUAUGAGGGCUCACAUCGUAUACAGCUUGUCGUAAAGCAACUGCACUUUAAAUGAAUUACCGAGUUUUGUGUUUUGCGGUAAAUUGAAUGCGAAUUUUGGUGAUUUCGGGAUGCAUAUAAAAAAAAAAACGGUACGGCUCAGUGAGACGACGAGCUGUGAUAGUGAUAGUUAUUGUGGCUGCAUGGCGGUUGUUACAGAACAGAGCGGGUCAAAACAAAAGCGACAAUUCGCUUAAAAUCGAUUGGGCCUCGGGUAGAAACUUUAUAAACGGAUGUCCUAGGUGAAAUGGAGCCUGACAACGGCGAAGGCAAAACCAGCCGUCAGGGCACACGAGUCUUUAAGAAGACCUGCCCCAAUGGAAAACUUACAGUUUACCUUGGCAAGCGAGACUUUGUUGAUCAUUUUACGCAUGUAGAUCCGAUUGACGGUGUUAUUCUUGUCGAUCCGGAAUAUAUUAAAGACCGUAAAGUUUUUGGACAUGUGCUUGCAGUUUUUAGAUACGGCCGGGAGGACCUUGAUGUACUAGGGUUGACAUUUCGCAAGGAUCUUUAUUUAGCCUGUGAACAGAUUUACCCACCAUUGCCUGACAAGGAACCCGCACGAAAGCUCACACGGCUUCAAGAGAAACUCAUUAAAAAGCUCGGUCCAAAUGCGCACCCAUUUUACUUUGAACUACCUCCGCACUGUCCCGCCAGUGUGAGUCUACAGCCCGCGCAAGGCGACACGGGUAAACCAUGCGGAGUAGACUACGAACUCAAAGGAUUUGUCGCCGAUUCGCCGGAUGACAAACCGCACAAGCGCAACUGCGUUCGAUUAGCUAUUCGCAAGGUGAUGUAUGCGCCAUCGCGACAGGGUGAUCAACCAUCCGUGGAAGUGUCAAAAGAGUUCGUAAUGUCACCAAAUAAAUUACAUCUCGAGGCAUCGCUUGAUAAAGAGCUGUACCACCACGGAGAGGAAAUCGCCGUAAAUGUGCAUAUCGCCAACAACUCAAACCGUAGUGUGAAGCGUGUCAAAGUGUCAGUUCGGCAAUUAGCCGAUAUUUGUCUCUUUUCAACAGCACAAUACAAGUGCACGGUGGCGCAGGUGGACUCAGAUGAGGGCUGCCCUAUUGCGCCCGGCUUUACCCUUUCAAAAGUGUUCAUGCUUAAGCCCCUGCUGGCGCACAAUAAAGAUAAACGUGGAUUGGCAUUAGACGGACAGUUGAAACACGAAGAUACUAAUCUUGCCUCAAGCACAAUUAUCACCGAUCCUCAACAGCGGGAAAACCUCGGCAUUAUCGUGCAGUACAAGGUAAAGGUGAAACUAUGUUUAGGUCCUCUUGGAGGCGAUCUUGUGGCUGAGCUGCCUUUUGUCCUGAUGCAUCCGAAACCCGAGGAAGAAGAGCCGUCGUCUCCUGCUCACGCGGAUGACGCAAAUUCAACGACCGAUGGACAUGCGAAGAAUGCGAGUAAUAAAAGUCGAGAUGGCAGCGAGAUCCCGGUAGAUGACCUUAUUCAAUUAGAAGACCCGGAGGAUGAUCUAAUUUUUGAGGACUUCGCACGGCUUCGGUUGAGAGGAGCGGAACCUGGCCAGAACGAUACGCCCAUAUAGGCAGACAGCUAAUUGCACAACCCUCGGGAAAUUUGGUGAAGCUAUGUGACUCCAAAACUUCUCUUUCUCUCAAGAAAUUCAAAAACGGUUCAAUGUACUGUCGAGAUUUCACUUCACCUUUCGUCGGUAUUAUCACUUAAUAGCCUCUUCAUCUGUGGUACUCUUCGUGCUUCUCAAAGAAAGACAUCUUCACUUAAACCGAUCAAUGUUAAAUGUGGAUGCACGCAAGUGCCAACGUUACACGCUACGCUCCCUGUAAACUAUCUACCCCUAAGCGAUGCGUGUGAAACUGGCCUGACUUUUGUUAGAGUUCACGGUUCACGGAAAACGUUGUGUCGGUGAGAGUAAAGUUGUUAGGUAGACUCCAAUUAGCAAGCCGUAGAUAUCCAUAAUCACACCUGACACUGUUUAGCCGUUGACAAUGUGUAGACACACACACACACGCACGCGCACAUAAAUAUACAUAAUGUCGACGUACGUUUCCAAUGAGUUAUUUUUUUUUG